CUCUUGCUUGUAAAGUUGAAUGUAAGCCGGCUGAAUGAGGUUGAACAUCAACUAAAAUUAAAGUGUCUGGCGUGUGCCGGGAAGAGUGGUAAAUUGCUUUCCGUGCGUUUUCUGGGUACUUCGGCAAAGUUUAGAAGCCGCCGUUAAUAUUAUUCAAAAUGUCAAAGAGGAUGUCACGUUAUCCCAGCGACCGAAAGGUCUAUGUCGGCGAGUUAGGUAACAAUGCCCGGAAGAAUGAGAUCGAGUAUGUUUUCAGUUCAUACGGAACCUUGCGAAGCGUCUGGGUGGCGAGGAACCCACCGGGGUUCGCCUUUGUUGAAUUCGAAGACGCCCGCGAUGCGGCGGACGCGGUCCGCGGACUGGACGGCCGCACGAUUUGCGGUCGGCGGGCACGUGUGGAAUUGUCGACGGGCAAGUAUGGGAAGUACGGAGGCGGCGAUCGGGAGGAACGAGGACGGGAUCGACGCGGAGGAUCCAGGAGUCGCGGCAAACCCUUCCAUCCUGACGACAAAUGCUAUGAGUGUGGCGGACGUGGGCAUUAUGCUCGCGAUUGUCGCAGAUAUGGACGAUCCAGGAGAAGCAGGUCACGUUCCCGAAGCCGCUCCCACAGUCAUUCACGGGAUCAUCGUACUCGGUCACGUACUGGAAGUCGAUCCCGCUCACGCCGAAGCUCUCGCUCUCGUUCACGCGAUUCGUACCGCUCCCGUGCAGAAAGGACCGCUGACAGGCGCUCCCGUGAAAAUGGUCAUGGAAAUGGUACUACUCGGUUGAGUGCUGAUCGGAAUGGAUCAUCUCGAUCACCAAAGCGUCGUUACAAUUCAUCACGAUCGCCACGUCGCUCGCAUAGUAACGAUAGUCGUGGCCAUAGCAAGUCACCGCGUCGUAGUCGGUCGGGAUCGCGUCGUCACGUCGAUUCCAGAUCUCGUUCCCGUUCGCCACGUUCCCAAGCACGGCGUUUAGGGGACUAAACAUUGCGAGACUACGUGUGUUCCGUUCUUUGAAUAAAAAACAACAUGAGAUUGAAGGAUUAGAGCAGUUGAAACGUGUGGAGUCACUUCAAACGUGCGUGAAUUUUAAUAGUGUGUAAGAAGUUUGGAUCCUUGAAACUUGAUUUUGUAAUUUUACGUUUACUUAACAGCUCGAAAUAAUAUCAAUGUAAAUACUUUGAACCAAAAACAAACCCAACCCCCCCCCAAAUUGGUCUUGAAUAUCUACACUUGGGAAAUCCAACAUUACUCAAGAGAAUUUAUUUCUCUAGACAAAAAUUAUUCCAAGAAAAUGCUUGAUUUUCCAACAUUCUCAUCUUCGAAAUAACACAAAUGUAACCUAGUACUUAAGGCAGUAUUAUUUAUGUUCAUAUUCACACUCACGCUUAGUUAUUCUUCCUUCCAUAAGAACUUGGAUUUUUGUUUCAAGAUAUUAUCUCUAAAAAUUGAUAAAAUGGUAAUUGAUUCAAUUAUUAGCGUUAGAAUCAAAAGGGUUCAUACUGAAAUUUGAAACCCUUAUUUAAGCAAAUGAACAUAUUGUGUAAAGACAAAUGUACGUGAAAUACGAUUAAGAAUAAAGGAGCAAAUAAAUGUGAA